UCAGUAGGGGAGUGUACAAGAGUCAGUAGGGCAGUGUACAGGAGGUCAGUAGGACACAGAAUAGGGGUCAGCAGGGCAGAGGAUGGGAGUACAGCAGAGGAGUGUACAAGAGUCAGUGGGACAGUAUAUAGGGGUUCAGUAGGGCACAGAAUAGGGAUCAGUGGAGCAGAGGAUGGGAGGUCAGCAGGGAAGUGUACAAGAGGCAGUAGGGCAGAAGAAAGAGGAUCAGCAGGGCAGGGAAAAGGGGGUCAGCUGGGCAGAGGACAGUGGUUAUAAGGGCAGUGUACAGGGGUCAGCAGGAUGGAGGAUAC